AUGGAAGCUAUUGCCUCCCGGAUUAUUGGUCGCAAAUGCCUGCCGUCUUCCCCAGAUUAUGAAUCUGGGGUACAAGCAAGGGCUGGUGAUGCCGGCAGUUGGAGAGUAUCCAUUUGGUGCCAGUUAUUCUCUUCCAGAUUCGAUGCUAUCAGCAUCCGCUGGUUAUCAGAACCUGCUGGUUGGUUGAUGGCACAAGCCAAUGGCAAUGAAGCUUUCAAGGCUUUGGUGCGACACCAUAGAGAAGGUUCAAGCGAUCAUUCAAUGGUCACUUUACGGCUUGGAGGGAAGCUGCAGCUGUUUAGACUCAAGGAUUCUACAGAAGAUGACGGGACUGCUCUGAGCUUAUCAAAAACCCCAUUCUGCUCAUCUUCGUCUUUCUUGCGUGAGGGUUCCUUUCGUUCGGCAUCAUAG